UAAUUAUAUCCAUUCAUAUUGACUUUUUUCACCUCUAAAAAUGAACAUGAAUGAUUGGCCACUGUGUGUGUGUGUGUUUUGAUUGAAUGAGCAUCGAUUUCUUGUUCUUCAUUUUAAUGAACUUUUUUCCUUCGCCAAUAAUAACCUCAAAACGUCAGCGAUUUUAAAUCGAUAAUUUGAUUAUUUUUGUCAAUCAAUCAACGGCUUAAGAAGAAAAUUUUUUUAUUCCAAAAAAAAUAUGUCAUUCAUUCAGAAAAAAGCAUUGAUUAAUAUUUUAGUCCAUUUUCGAAAAUCAAAUUCCAAAUCCAUAUCAUUUAUAAUUGAUUCCAUUCAAAAAUCCAUUAAUCAAUUAUAUGGAUUAAAUCGUUUCGUUGUUUAUGGUGUAAAUGAAUCCGAUAUUCGAACGAAUACACGUUUACUUUCGGCCAAAGCUUUAUUGAUCAUAACAAGUAAUGAUGAUGAUAAUGGUGACAAUAAUGAAACGAAUCUUUUAUCAACAUGGAUAAAAUCAAUUAAUCUGGAAAAAUUAAUACUCAAUUAUGACGAUUUAUUGUCAUCAUCGAAUUCGAUGAAUAAUUUUAAUCAUGAUUAUUUUGUUGAAAAAAUACGCGCCAUUAUUCCACCACCAUCUACGAUUAUGGAUUCAGAAUUGAAAUCAUCACCAAUCAUAAUGGAUAAUAGUAAUGAAAUGUUUUUGUUUGAUUCAAGAAAUAAUCCGGUACAUAUGUGGACCAAUUUAUGUUCAUUGAAAGUUAAAAAAUUUCCCGGUCUGGAUAAAUUUCGUUCCGAUUCACCACCACCAAAUGAUGAUAUAAUCUAUUAUAUUGAUGGUAAUCAAAUUGAUCAAUUCUGUCUACAACAACAACAAUCAAAUGAAAUUGUAAAUUUCAAUAUUCAAAGUUAUUUUGAUAAUCUUCGAACCGAAUCGAUUGGACGAUCAUUAUUGUUUCAGAAUGUAACCGAGACAACAAUGAAGAUGGCAAAUAAUGUUGGAAAAAUCGAUGGAAUUAUUGCUACGGCAAAUUAUCAAACAACCGGUCUUGGUCGUAGUGAUAAUCAAUGGCUAUCACCAUUUGGUUGUGCAAUGUUUACAUUGAAUUUACAUGUACCAUUUUCAAGUGGAUUAAUGUCGAAAAUAACAUUGAUUCAGCAUAUUGCAUCAUUAUCGAUUGUUAUGGCAUUACCAAGUGAGGAAUUGAAUGUAAAGAUUAAAUGGCCCAACGAUAUAUUAUAUAUGGCAUCCAGAUCAAAAUUGGCUGGUAUUUUAGUGCGUUCAUUUUCCUAUGAAUAUCAUCUUAAUGUUCAGAUUGGAAUCGGUAUGAAUGUUUCGAAUAGAAUGCCUAGCGUUUGUUUGGAUGAAGUGAUUGAACAUUACAAUGAACAGCAACAAAUGAAUUCGGAUCGAAAAUUGAAGACAAUUCCACGUGAAAUUAUGAUUGCUCGUAUUUUGAAUUGUUUUGAACGUCUAUAUCGUAUGUUAAUGAAUGGUCAAGUGGCUGAAAUUAAACAACUUUAUUGUUCCAAUUGGAUACAUUCAGAUGAUAUUGUUGAUAUUUAUGACAAUAAGAAUGAUGAUGAUGAUGAUGAUAAUCAAGAACAACCAAAAUAUAAAGCUCGUAUAAUCGGUAUCAAUGAUAAUGGUUAUCUAUUGGCACAAGAUUUAAAUAAUGAUAUUAUACAUUGUUUACAACCGGAUGGUAAUCGUUUUGAUCUAAUGAAUCGUCUUUUAAUACAGAAAACAUAAUUUUUAAUCUCAAACAACAGCUCAAUGUCAAUCAGCUAAUGAUUUGAAUCAUCACAUUCGAUAAUAAAUAAAUAAAUGAUAUUAAUGCUGCUGCUAGCAA